UCGCGAUCAGACAAGUUCGACUUUACUCGACGUUUCUAUGUUAUUCACGAUUGAAUCAAAAUUACAAGUAUCGUUAAAACAAGUCAAACGAUUUCGACAUUUUUGGCAAACAAUCAAUAAUCAUGAAAAUGAAUCGUUACCAUUUAAUUUUCAAAAAAAUAAAUUACAAUCACUGAAUGUCCAAAAUAUAUCGAAUCAUGGUGAUAGAGAGAAACGACUUUUUCCUUUAUUCACUUUGAUAAAAUUUAAUAAUAAUGCAUGUGUCGGAUUAAAUGGUGAAAAUGGUACUUGUAUAGCAGCAACUGAAUGUUCACAACGUAGUGGUAUAUCUAGUGGAAUUUGUGCAAAUGGUUACGGAAUUUGUUGUAUUGUGACCGUAUCUUGCGGUGACGUAACUAAUAACAAUAAUACUUAUUUUGUUAAUCCGAAUUAUCCAUCGACGUUCGACGGUACUACAUCUUGCCAAUUAACACUUGUUAAAUCGCACCCAACUGUAUGCCAAUUUAGAUUAGAUUUUAUACAUUUUAAUAUAAGAGGUCCGGAAACAACUAAUCACCAAUGUAUUUAUGAUCAAUUUAUCAUUUCCGGGGGCAAUCCGAUACCUACUAUAUGUGGAAAUAACGCUGAGAAUCAUUUAUAUAUUGAUGCUGGUCUCGGACAAACGAAUCCCGUUACAUUAACUUUUGUUAUAAGUGGACAAUCUUUCGCUCGAUCUUGGAAAAUACAAGUAUCUCAAAUCCGUUGCAAUACUAUAUACAGAGCCGAGGAAGGAUGCUUGCAAUAUUUCACAGGAAUAUCCGGACAAAUAAAAUCAUUUAAUUACGAUCCUAUCACUGGAUUGCAAUUAUCAAAUCAAGAUUAUAGUAUUUGCAUUCGUAUGGAAAGAAACUUUUGCGGUAUUCAGUAUAUGAUAUGUCCAAUUGAUGAUAAAGAAGCAACGAUGUCCAACAAUGGAACUCCUAUGAUGCAAACAAUGUAUUCUAAUGCAUUUACAUUAACGGGAAAUACGCAAGCAACACAAAUAGCAUCAAUGACAGGAACAAUCUGUCAAACCGAUUGGUUAACAAUCCCAUGUGCAUUCAAUACUGGCAGAUUACCAACCAAUAUGAUGACUUGUAUCGAUCGAAUAUGCGGUGGAACAUUCAAUGCGGAAAAUCAAAAUUUGAACGCUUCUUCUAUCAUUAGUACUGUGAAACCCUUUAGAUUAAUUUUUCAUACGGAUAGCGUUGAAGCGCCAAAUGACGUGGGAAACAAAGGAUUUUGUUUAAAUUAUAUACAACAACCUUGUACGACAAAAUUAAGAUGAUUGAUUUCUUAUCACAAUUGCAACAUAAAAAUGAAAAGAAGAGAAAAAAAUAAACGAACCUUGGCGCGAGCUUCACGAGCAGCUUCAGCUUCCGCAGCCAUAGCUCUUUGUAAUUGAACAGGCAAUCGUACAUCUUUUCUGUGGAAAAAAUUUAUCAUACCUGUACAUAUAUAUAGAUGUAAGUAAAUAUAAAUGCAUCUUACGAUGUAAUUCUAUCACGUA